AUGGCAUCCAACACCCCACUCUUUGCCGAGGGCGAAAACGCCGAGCAACUCACUUCCGAUACAGAGGAGCUGCGGCAGCAAGGAUGGGCGUUAGAUGACAAGAGAACGGGAGUUUCCAAAACAUUUCAUUUUAAAAGCUACUUCAAGGCAGUGUCAUUCUUGGUUACUAUCGCCUCUGAAAGCUCGGUGAAGAAGCAUCAUCCUACUAUGACUGUGGAUAUCGGCACCGUGUAUGUCCACUGGACAACGCAUCGUCCUCUUGGCCUCACCCUCAAAGAUAUCUCGAUGGCUAGAUUUUGCGACGACGGGGCUGAACUGAUGGGGGCCGUUGAGUGUGGUCAGGGAUUGAAUUGUGACAGAUCAGGAACAGAAAAAUCUUCCAAAGCCUGA